CAAAGCCGGAGCGCGAUCCGCCCCCUUCGUUUGCUCUUCAAGCUGAAAAUGGCAGCCGUAACAGGGGCGCUCCGAAGGUUACUGAAACCCAGCGGUGGUUGGACCGGGGCCACCUUAUGGAGAGCAAACGCGGUGGCCGGAAGGUGUUUAUCGGCAGUGGCGAGUGGGCGGAAGUGCACGGCCGACGCGAAGCCCUCUGUGCCUCGGUUCCAUUUCAGUACUAGUGUCGCGAGGUUUGUUCCUGCUGUCACUCAGCAUGCUCCAUUUUUUAAGGGGACAGCUGUGGUGGAUGGAGAUUUCAGGGAGCUCAGUUUAGAUGACUUUAAAGGAAAAUACCUGGUUCUUUUCUUCUACCCCUUGGAUUUCACUUUUGUAUGUCCAACAGAAAUUAUAGCUUUUAGUGACAAAGCAAAUGAAUUCCAUGAUGUGAAUUGUGAAGUUGUUGCUGUAUCAGUGGACUCUCACUUCUGUCAUCUGGCCUGGAUAAAUACACCAAGAAAGACUGGUGGUUUAGGCCACAUGAAUAUCCCACUACUAUCAGAUUUAACAAAACAGAUUUCCCGAGACUAUGGUGUUCUCAUAGAAAGCUCUGGGAUAGCAUUAAGGGGCCUUUUUAUCAUGGAUCCUAAUGGCAUCGUCAAGCAUUUAAGUGUCAAUGAUCUCCCAGUGGGUCGCAGUGUAGAAGAAACACUUCGGUUGGUGAAAGCAUUCCAGUAUGUAGAAACACAUGGAGAAGUCUGCCCAGCAAACUGGAUUCCAGACUCCCCCACGAUUAAACCAAACCCAGAAGAUUCAAAAGAAUAUUUUUCAAAAGUAAAUAAAUAGAAUGAUGAGCUGUACGGGCUUAAUGAUUGAAUCUAUUUCCUGACGCCAAAAUCAAACACCUGUAAGACUAGCCAUGAUUACAAUAAAAAUCACAGAAUGUUUUCUA